AUGUAUAAUAACAUUUGGAAUUCUCGAGUACGACUUGCAUGCAUUUCAUGCUUAUUAAUACUUCUACGAAUUACUUUGGAUCAAUUGCGCAUUUAUCUAAAUAAUUCUAAAAGUGAAAAUUAUCAAACAGAAAAUAAUAAUGAAGGAAGUUACACUAAUGAUAUGGAUUAUAUAUUGGAAACAAUGCAAUAUAUGCAUGAUCUUAAACUUGGUAAAGCUGAAAUUCGACCAGUAAUUGAAGAAACUAGAAAAGUAAGAGAGUAUUGGUGGAGAUGCAAUUUAAAAAUGCCUAAAGUUGUGAUAGCAAAUGAUUGGUUUCAAAACGAUGAUCUCUAUGUAUAUUCAGCAACCUAUGAUAGACGACGUAAUUCACUUUAUCCAAAUAAUCAUGUUGUACAGGUAUUAACUAUGUCAUUUCGAUCAAUUCCAUUAACAGAUAAAAUAUUUUGUAAUCUAUAUGAUAUGGUUCGUAAACAAUCUAUUAUUACUGAGGGGACAGUUCGUGAAAUUUGGCAGCGAGCCUGGGAUCCACGUGAUUUCUUUUACAUUCCAAAUUUGAUUAGUUGUCCGAUACCGAAAUAUUUCGAAUAUAGCACAAAUUUGACAAUUUCAUUGACUAAAAAUGCAUGUAAAAGUCAGGAGAUUUCGGCACAAAUACGAAUGUUACCAUUAAGAAAUGAAAAGAAUGGAAUUGCAGUAUGUGUAAAGGGCUUAGACUAUCUUGAUGAUAAGCCAGAACGUUUAGUUGAAUGGAUUGAAAUGCAAUUUAUUACUGGUGCUGAUAUGAUUACAAUAUAUACUUAUUAUGUACCACAUAAAAUGCAGCAAGUUUUAAAUUACUAUAGUAAACAAGGAUCUGUUACUGUGAUACCAAUUAAUCUUCCCGGUGAAUCACCAAAUCAAGCAUACAUCAGAAGUCAUUUCAUUUGGCGAAAUAGACAGCAAAAGCGUCGACAUGAGUUAAUACCAUAUAAUGAUUGUUUCUACAGGCAUAUUAACACUCAUAAAUUUAUUCUAAUACUUGAUAUCGAUGAAGUUGUGAUACCAUUGAAAUAUGAUAAUUGGACUACUAUGCUGGAUCAUAUCAUUACAGCAUUUUAUGAUAAAAACUCAAAAAGAACUGAAAUCACUUCAAUUUCUAUUCGAAAUGUAUUCAAAUUUCCUUCUAAUACAAGCUGGUUGAAUCCAUUAAUUCCAUCUUAUAUGUAUAUGCUACGAAAUAGACGAAAAUCAGAAAUGGUAAAUAAACCAGGAGAAUAUGGAAAAGCUUUCAUCAAUACAAAUACCGUUGCUACUGUAUUCAAUCAUUUUGCUUUACAUCGACAGCAUGCUGAUGUAGCUAAGACAAUACAUGUGGAAUCUGAUAUUGCCAUUAAGUUACAUUAUAAGUCAAAAUGUCCUGUGGAAUCAAGAAAACAGUGUCAACAUCUAGAACAUGUCACCAUAGAUGACACAGUAAUGGAUCGUUAUGCUGAACAAUUAAUUAGACAUGUUACUAAAGUGCUCACUCAUUUACAUAUUAUUGAAUAA